AUGGCUCCAAAACCGAGAGUUGUUCGCAUGGAAAGGGACGACCUUGCCUGGGAGAAAAGUGAUGAAGAGGUCGAGUCGUGGGAGAGGUCUCUUCACAAAUCGGAUCUUUACCGUGGUAUCGCCAGCCUUAUACAAAAAUACAAGCCUGGCGAUGCUGUAGAGCUUCACACACCGAUCAGGGGCGGAUACAAUGUAUUCUAUCGGCUGGAAUACAGGGACGGCACGUCUGCUGCGAUGAAGAUCCCCUGUAAAGCUGUUGUCAAGUUCCCCGAAGAGAAGACCAAGUACGAGGUGGCUACAAUGCGUUACGUCGCGGCAAACACCACUAUUCCUGUGCCCAAGAUAUACCAUUACGGAACUGCGGCAGAGAAUCCUACUGGCCUUGGCCCUUUUAUUAUCAUGGAUUAUAUAGAGCAUAACAGGACACUGUCUCAUGCAUUAAACGACCCUGACCUUGAGCCGGACGACUCCCACGUCCUGGACGCCAACAUCAGCGACCAAAAGCUUGAGUUUCUCUACAGACAAAUGGCCAACAUUAUCCUCCAGCUAUCUACGCUAUCAUUCCCCCGAAUAGGUUCAUUGGUUCAGGAUAAAGACGGAGCCUUUUCUAUUUCGGGACAACCUCUUUUUCAGAACAUGAACUCCUUGGUUGAGUUUGCAGGGGUAGUCCCAUCACUACUACCAUCGCAACAAUACUGCACCUCGACAGAGUAG